AUGAGCUUGAUAUCGAGAUCCAAGCCUCUAAGGCUACUAGCCAAAAGGAAUAUAUCGAUGGUGAUGAACCCAGAAGUACAGGCAUCAAACAACACCCAAGAUCAAGUAACACAACACCCAAAAGACAUAAAUGCUUCUAAAAAACUCACCGUUGCACAAUUCGUAAACCAAACAGCCACAAGAAUACCUAGUUUUACCAAGAUACAAAAUAGAACCAGAACUGAGAACCUCAUCACUUUAACUCAAGAACAAAUAGAUCAUGGAUCAGAUAUUAGACCUUACUUACAACAAAAAAAUUAUAAGAAAUUGUUAAAAAUAGCGGAAACCAUGACAUUAUUAAGACAAUAUGAUUCAUUAACAAAAGGUUUGACUCGUGAAGAAGUUUCAUACUUCCUGAAAAUCUUGGUGGAUGGUCAACUUAAAGAAAUAGAAAACCAUAAUCAAGUCAAAUUCGUUGCAUCUACACCAGAAUAUAAAACAAUGAUUCAAAAAUCUAAAGAGAACGCAUAUAUAAUAUCAUUUCUCUAUUUGAAUUUGAUAAAAGAAGGUUUCAAAUUCACUCCCCAUGAGUAUGAGCUUUUUCUUACGCUUGAAUCCAAAAAUUAUAGAACCCAACAAGCUAUUGAAUUGAUACAUCAUAUGGAAACAAAUCAAAUUCCCAGUUCCUUAAAGUUUUGGAAUUUAAAAUUGAGCAUCGUGGGAGAUGCUGAUCCUGGUAAUUGGAACGUUACAAGCCCUUAUUAUACAUUAUCGAAAAGGGGAAAUCAUGGAGGUUUUGAAAGGAAAACUCAAUUUGGGAAUUUAUUACAAGAUUUUUCACAACAAAUAGGUGAUAUGGUGCCCAAUUUAGAAAGUCAUAAAUUGAUUUUGUUGGGUUCUGGUAAACAUAACCUUUUAGACUUGGCUAGACAUCAUAUUAAUGAUUUUUGGGGGAUUUCACCACAAGGUAAAUCAUCAGAAUUGAAUGCAAAAGUUGAACCAAACUCUCCAUUAUACCCAGAUAUAGAAUUACUUGAAGCUUUAAUUGCUACAUUUGGUGUGAAUAAUCAAUUAUUUGAAGCGUUUCAUUACAUUACAGAAUUCCAACGUUAUUAUAACAUGGAUUUAUCUCAUGCUCACCAUUUUUGGAAAUUGUUUAUUAAUUGGACAGAAAUGACAAAUUCUGAAGAACCUGAAGUUGCAGCUGAAAUUUUUGAUUCUGUUUGGUCAUUAAUGGAAUCUAAUAAUGUUACUUUCAACACAGUGCUUUAUCAAAAAAGAGCCCGUCAUUUAGUUGCCUUGAAUAAAUUAGAUGACCUAGUUUCUGACAUGGCAAUAGUUCAAGAUCAAGUCAAAAAGGCUUAUGCAGGUUUGAAACUUAAAAGGGAAGAAAAAUUAUUGAGUAUAUUGUAUCAAGGUUGUUGUACAGUUGUAUUCCACACUAAUGUUGAGGAAGAAUUUGAUUUGAAACAACUUGGUGAAAGAAUUGCGUUAGAUGAAGGUCAUCUAAAAGAUUUACAAGAUUUAUACAAAAAGGAAUUAGAAGUUGCAGAAGCAAGACGUGAUAGAUUUGUCCAACUUCAAAAAGAAUAUGAUGAAGAAGAUGAUGAGAAUUCAUUAUGGUAA